UCUCUUUUUCUUCACCAAGUCACAAACCUCUCUUUCUCUCAUCUUUCUUCCUGUAACCAUCCUCAUCUAUAUAUCCAUCUUUUGAUCCUUCAAUCUCUUAGCUCAACAAGAUCGAAGAACACGAUGACAUCACCCCAGUUUUCUGAGAGAUCUUCGAUGGCGGAUAUGGAAUCAUGUGUCCCACCAGGAUUUAGAUUUCAUCCAACAGAGGAAGAACUUGUAGGAUAUUACCUCAAGAGAAAGAUAAACUCACUCAAAAUCAACGUAGAUGUCAUUGUCGAGCUAGAUCUCUACAAAAUGGAACCAUGGGACAUACAAGAUAGAUGCAAGCUAGGAUAUGAGGAGCAGAACGAGUGGUAUUUUUUCAGCCACAAGGACAAGAAGUAUCCAACAGGGACAAGAACGAAUAGGGCGACAGCGGCAGGAUUCUGGAAAGCAACAGGGAGGGACAAGGCAGUGAUGUCGAAGAACAAGAUCAUAGGCAUGAGGAAGACUCUGGUGUUCUACCAGGGACGAGCCCCUAAUGGCAGAAAAUCUGACUGGAUCAUGCAUGAAUAUCGCCUCCAAUCUUCUGAACAUGCCCCUCCUCAGGAGGAAGGAUGGGUAGUGUGCAGAGCAUUCAAAAAGCCAAGUCCUAGUCAUUUGAGGCCAGGUUUUGAAGCACAGUGCUAUUUCAGAGAUCAGAUCAGCAGCCAUGGAAGGACCUUCUCUUCAUUUUCUGACAUUCUGAAUCAAACCCAUCAUUUUCUCAAUACUACUCAUCAUCCUAGUAACUCUAACUCUCAAGGUAUAACCCUAAGUCCUCAUCAUCACCAAGCUUUAACCAGUUUGGAUCAGCAGCAUCAGAACCAACAAGUUCUUGAUCUUCCUCAACUAGAUAGCCCUAGUCUGGGAAUAAGAUCAUCAUCAGAUAACUACGGUGGCCAAAACAACGUUAAUAUUGGGGAAGAAUAUUACAGUGAUGACGUGGAAAGCUUGGACCAGUUGUUUGCUUCAAAUCUGACAGAGACGACUUCUGCUGCAUCUGAUGCUUUCUUAGCACACUCGAACUUUCCCAUGAAUAUGAUGCUCCAUAACAAUGAACUAGUAAUACCUCACAAUCAAGCAAGCGAAGCCCUAGGAUUAUGCUUUCCUGAUUCAUAGUGUGUAUUUUUCUAGGAUUUCAUCUGUUUCAUAUAUAGAGUCAACAAUAAAAUAACUGUCUCUGCAGCCAUUAAUAUUGGUUAGGGGUGAGAUGGCUAGCUCUAUUCAUUAUAUAUAACAUGGUUGACCAACAUUAUCCACACAUGUUUUAAUUCUGCUCUCUCCAUAUACGCUAAUUGACAAGUUGUUGGGGAGAGAAUAUUGGAAGCUGCCUGCUAAGUGAUGAUCAGGAGAAAACCUAUUACUUGUUAUUAUUGGUGAUGUUAGAAGAUGACUUGAAAAGUUAUCCAAUUUAUUAUCCCUUCUCUGUUGAUGAAGGUGGAAAUAGGAAGUUUACGAACUGCCAAAAAAAAAAAGAAAAAAGAAAUUGUUGUAGCGUGUUUGUGUCUCGUAAAUGUAAAUUCCCUUUAUUAUUGUA